AUGGCAAGAAACAAGGAUGAUGGUCAAGAGACCCAAAGCGUGGAUCCAAUUUUCGGUCAAGUUAGAGCUUUUUCUUUUGAAGAUUCAAGCGUUGAUCCAGCGGUGAGAAAAUAUCUUAUGGAAGUGCGGGAAGAAGCGCUCAAAACUUCAUGUGUCGGAGCCAGUUUGCAUCGCAGAACGACUACUCGAUUUCGGAUGGUAAAAUCAUUUGACAUGUAUGAUGAGGCGCCUCCCAUUUCGCCUGAGUUGCUUCUUUUCGACAAACACCAAACCACUUGGUUCCCGUGGUUCAAACAAGCGAAAAACAUCUUACAUUCACAACAUUGGACCCUUGAACAGAGCUUAAACACUGAAACAAUGGAUAUUGCUUUACAAAAGGUCAAAAAAUUUUUGGUGUCGAUGAAACAUGAUUCUGACAGUGACACGGACUUGCGUCUCGAACCGCUGAGAAUUGCCCUUAAAGACAUUCCGCUCUAUGAGGAGCCCUUGCAGAUGGCAGAUCAAAGCUGGUUCAAACGAUUUUUGGAUAACAUGGCAAAUCGGCCGCCGGAAAACAAUUUAUCCAAAUUGAAAGUACAUCUCUUCAAAUGUCGCCCCGUUCCAAGAAAUUUUAAUGCCUGGUACCAUUACGUGACUCACAACGACGCAACACGCCAAGAUAUGGAACGAUUCUCUGCAGACCAGAUUUUCCGCGUUGCAAGCUACAUGACUGCGUGGGCUACCGAUAUUGCUAAGGACAAAAACGCCCAGCGUCUUUCACAAUGGAUUCUUUACGUGCUCUUAUACCUUCCGGACCACAUGACUGCCCAGGAAAUUAGCGUGCUACGAGAAUGGGCUAAAAAGGCCCGGCAAUUGAAAUUGAAGUCGCUACAACCCAAAGAAAGAACUAACUUACAAAAUUUAGUGUUGCCGUCUGAUAUGUUUGCAAUCGAGGGACCGCCAUUAGAUCUAUCAGCCAUUGACCUUACAUUGACCGUGAUAGGUAAUCUGUAUGGUCAAACCGAUCUUCUACAGUGGUCUUAA